CAACACAAGAUUGCUCUGUAACUUUGCAACGAUCGACUCAUUAGAGUGGAUUUUCAUCGAAUUUUGUAGAAAGAAUAUUAUUUUGACAUGUCUGUUAGAACUAUAGAUUUCACCUCCAGUGCAUAUGCUAAAACAAAGAGCUUCAAGGCGAAAGAAAAUGCCACAUCCGCCUCGAAAAUCAAGGAAAAAAGAACAGCUGAAAAUCAGCUUUCAGGCGUCAAAAGUUCUUGGACCCCCCUGAAACAAGAUUUGAAUGAAAAGGUCUGUUUUUCGAACACACUGUUUCCUCUUGUGUUGGAUUUACAGAUUAAUGCAAAAACAAUUAAUUUUGCAGCUCUUUGAUGAAAGGAAAGAACUUGUCAGCAACUGGGUGAGUUUAAAUUCAUGCUACAUGUACAAACUCGUCUGUACAGAACACCGCGAGCACAUCAGUAUCACUGUUAUGUCAAUAUUAUAUUAAUCGCUUGUUCUUCUUCAAAAAGUCAUCUUCACAAGGCUAAGUGUAUAAACUUACGUAUGGCUCCAUACGUUAAGGAUUCGUUGACAAAGGAAAUAUCAUUUAUUUAUUCUUUGGGCUUACUAAAAGCACCUACUUUUUGUAAUGGAUUUCUUUUACUAAUUUUACAGUUAAGUUUUUAGCUCUGACAAAGGUAUUUAGUAGUGUUUGACUUGCUGUUAAACAGUAAUCUUAUAAACUACCACAGCGUUACCUUUCUUUUUUUUCUUUUUUUCUGACUUAAAUUUACUGGCUAAUUUACUCGUCACAACCACCGAAUUACAGCGUUUUGUAUGAGAAAUGAUUACAACAGGCCUCAUAUUAUACUGACAAACACUUUUAUGGUCACAAUAAAAGUAUCUGUUGAAUCACUUCAUUUCACGUUUCAAAACUUACCACCUUUGUUUUUAACUGGGUUAAUCAUGUAUAUCUACCCUCUCAAAAUAAAGAACAUUGUAUUGUAUUGUAUUGUAUUGUAUAAGAAAAACAAAAUCCUUCUCAUUAAAUUUGUUCAUUUCAUGAUUUCAGUUUGACAGAUGGUCAGAUGCUCAAAGAAGAAUCAUUCUUGAAAUCCUGAUAUCAAAAUGCAAGAACUCUCAACUACAAUACACAUUCUCUUUGAUCGAUGAAAGAAUUCCUAUAACUCAUGUUGAUUUCACACGGAAACUCCCACGAGUCAUAACAGUGUACAUAAUGUCAUUUCUGGAUCCUCGAAGUCUUUGUCGCUGCGCACAAGUUUGCUGGUUUUGGAAAUAUUUAUCUGAACUGGAUCAGAUCUGGAUGCCAAAGUGUUUCAAGUUUGGUUGGUUAUUGCCAUUUGUACCGACUCCUUAUGAACAAGGAGUUUGGAAGAGACAUUACCUUGAGUGUGUGAGAGGAUUACAGUACAUGAGACCUAAGGUAGAGGAGAGGUUUUUUGUUUUGCUUUAAUAAUUUACUAAAAGCAGGCAUAAAAACAUGUAUUCAAACAGGGCUUAAAAAAGCUUGAAUUCCAGCUUGUCCUUUGGGGAAGCAGCUCUCACAUUUUGCCACCCUUGGUCACUUCUUGCUUGUGUUUCUUAAUGAUUCACUUGUCUUAGAAGAUGACUAAUGGCUGGUCUCUUGCCCAUUGGGCAGGUGAGCUAUAAAAGGUACUUACCAAACAAGAAAAAUAUUAUUGGAACUAUUGGGCAGGGUGUUUUUCGAACCCUGAUUGAACUAUCUCCUCCACAGAGUUUUCCUCUGGGUAUAAAAUGAAAUUACUGAAAAAUAGUCCGGGUGCGGGGUUAUGAUUCCCUGGCAGGCUUUGUUUUCACAUAUCCCCAGCCUCAGAGGAAAAAGCCUAGAAGAUCUGCCAGAUGUUUGAACCUGAGUUAAGUUUUUACAUAAGGUGGAUAGCUUUAUGUGCUGCAAAAACCUCAUCUAGUAUAUAUGUAGUGCAACUCUUAUCCACUAAAUGGUGAUUUAUCAGGGAGAUGGCCUUUAUAUUUUGAAUAACUUUUAAAAGUUUGUUGUUUAUUUUAAAACAAGUUUUUUCUUUGUUCUUGACACCCUUGUAUCUUGCUAUCUUGUUCAGAGCUUAUAGCUCCAAAAAAUGUUGAGACAAUCAAACAUCUCAUAAUGAACUUACCUCUACAAUAUGGACACAUCUUAUUCAGGGACAGUUGAUUUGUUCUCAAAUGAAAAAUUUUGUACAAUUCCUUCCACUUUGAAGUAAAAACCUCUUUCCCUCUGGUGUCCAUAUAAGGGAGAUUUCACCAAAUUACAACACCACACUUUUAGGUAAAGUUUUAAUUCUAUUAGAGACCUUCUUAGGGAGGGAGGUACAUAUGCCCCCAGUCUGAAUUUCAAUUGCAGUCAUUUUGCAUUUUUAGUCCUGAGUAGGCCACGUCUUGACAGUAUUUAAUCCAUCUUUAUGUCGUUUGUGUCCAUUUCAUUUAGUGCUAUGUUGCUGUUUCAAGGCCAUGUCGCUUUGAGAUUUUACCCUAAUGGGACCUCUCUUUAAUCUAGGAAAUAUAUUGCCUGCAUAGCAGCUGCUCCAUCUCUUUUUUGCUCCUUUCACAUGGUACAUGGUAUAAAAGAAUGUUAAAGCUGACAUUUUAGGAACUAGCUUCGUACUGGUCUAUGUUUGAAAUGUAAGCUUUUGACCCCGAUCUAUACAGUGGCCAAUAUUCACCAUUUUUUACCUCAACGUGCUCAUAAUUAUUUUCUGUGUUUUGCCUCCCACCUCUAACAAAUUGGUCACUUUAUCCUUUAAGCCCCAAUAUCCAAAUACAAAAUCUUCACUUCAGACUGACUUCAUACAUUUGUGUACAGAAUUGGUUGAGAGAAUUUGAUAAAAGGUCUUUGGUUCUCAUAAACUUGAUCAUUAAUUUAUAAUUAGGAAUGAGAAUUAAAACACAAAACCUUUUUUAACAGUCACCACCAGGUUCUCCAAAGAUAGUUCCCGCUGAAAAAACAAUAUCACGUAGUCAGAGUCAUGGCAGCCUGUUUAAAAAGACGAAUAAAAAGCCAGCAGCAAGCCAUGAUGUCCCUCCCUGGAGGGGUCCAGAUCCUCGUCCUAAUGAUAUUAAAAGAAGGCUAACUACUGAAGGACAUGUAGGGGGGUGCAGGUGAGUGUUACAACUGCACAUCAGUUUAGUAAUUCUCAUAAUCCUUACUCUUGAUGAUCUGCUAAUGUUGUUAGGAGAAAAUUGAUGUUGGUCACUCUUGGGACCUAAAGGAUUAAGGUGGAGUACAUUGUAUUCACAGGGCUGUGCUUCAAAAGGGCCCUAUGGCCCCAACCUGGCGCCCAUUUUUUGCUCUCACUUCAGGCUGGACAAUGGUCAAUGUCUGGCCAAGAUGACCAUUUGUCCAGAAAAACGUUCGGUUUGCAGGUCAUUUUGAGAAGACAUAUUUAAAAAUACGUGACCAGCAAAAAAGAUAUAUUUUUACUCCAUCCAUUAGACCUCUGAGGUUUCUGUCAUGAGGACAAGUAUGACUAUCGUUUUUCACUUAACGUUUGCUUAUAACGAUAAUAAUUUUAACAGUCACUUGAUAAUUAUUGACCAGUCAGAAGAGAGACAUGGCUGAGCUAAAAUUUCUUUGGCCAGUCAAUACGACCGGCAACAACUCAAACGUUUUUGAGCCCUGAUGUCUACCUAAAACUUGCUCAUGUCCGACAAAAUCCCAAACUCAUUCACAGGGGAUUUGCACCGUAAUUAAAGAGGUUAUAAGUCAACCAUGAUGUAUUUUCAACAGAUUUUCUGGUGUGUGUAUAAUAAGGGCAGUGAUCUGGCCGGAGAUAUGCCCUUUCUAAAAGGAAAAAUCAUAUGCGGGCUGGAGCAUCGGCGUAAGCAACUUUUCCCACAGAAAUGAAGGCAAGAAGGGGGCAAAAGAGAAACAAAAAAGGAGGCCAGAGCAGGUGGAAGAAGUCAAGGUGGUGCAAUGGCAUUCCGUUUCUCCCAACUUGAAGUCUCGAAAGUUUGCCUCCUGUUUAUGCCUGAACUUUAAAGAAAACCUGUGAAUUGGCAUCAGAAAGAAAACCCAGCCUAGUGCUUGACUCAGUUGUAAACAAUGUUUUCGAGAACAAACCGUACAUACAUUGACACUUUUUUGUUUUUGUUUUUGUUUGUAUCAAGACGCUGCCAUAUGUCUUCACAUACAGAACACAGUGAUCAACACGAACAGACGCCUAAAAAGGGAACAACCGCUAAAUCUACCAAACCAAGAAUACGGCCAGCUACGGUAAGACUACAGUUAAAAGCUUUAGGAACCCAUGAGUCAUCUCAUAUUAGCUCAUAUUAGAGUAGGUGGAAUAUGAUUGUCCGGGAGAGUAUAGCCGGGGAAGACAACCGACAUUUCACGAUGUUACCACUGGUUUUCUGGCGAAAUGGCGUCUGAGGAACGACUGCAGAUAUUCCUUACUGAUGACGUGCCACUACCCAGAUCUGUUUAGUGCUUCUCAUUGGUCGUGCCAAGAAGGGAAAUUUGCCUCAACCAAUCAGAAGCAUUGCCCUGAUCUGGGUAGUGACGCGUUGUCCGUAGAUGUCAUUUCGCGGGGAAACCAGCGGCGGCGUCACAGUGAAAUAAUCGUCUGUUGUCUCAGCUACUGAGAGCGUAGUCCUGAAUACGACUUUUGUUGUUGACUGUGUGGUAGCCAUCUUCUUACAGUGGCCUUGUUACAGUAGUUCAUUAUGUAUGAUCAUACUCAAAUCCUUUUAUUUUGAACACAGCCGACUGGAAAACUUGCUUAUAACAGUGACACUGCAUGCAGGUAGAGGAGAAGAAAUUUCGAUUUACGUGCUUUAGAAGAGGAUUAAAAUCGAUGUAACAAAAAAUACUAACAGGUGAAACAGGAUAGAAACAAAAGAAAUACAUUUUCUACAAAUUAAGUCUCGGUAGGCAAGCAUAACCCGUUCUUUCAGGGUUAUUAUUCAUGCAAAAUUCAUUGACAGGUUCUAUAUUUCGUGAAGUUUACUGUUACCUAAGAGUCACGAAUUAAGUAAAACAGAACACGUGUGGUUUGUGUAUCAAGUGUACCAUUCGUUAUAUGUAACAUUUCAGGCAAAUUUUGCACCCGAAACUGAAGCAGCAGGAACCAAGUUUAACAGCAGAUCUGGGCGCCCUGACUGGGCGGUACAGGCAGCCAUAACUCCUGUCCGAGCAAAUCGUCCACCACCCCCAGAGCUGAAACCCUCGGCGCAGUCCCUUGGAAAUGCAAGAGGGGUCAGAGAUCGACCAGGUAUAUACUAGUUACGCGAUGCUUGUGCGUGAUAUACUGUGAAAUACUUCCAGAGUGACUCACUAUAGUAAGUUAUGUACAUAUAUACUAGUUCAUAUUUUGAAGAGAACCCGUAGCCUGGGAUACUGCGGAAUAUGCAUCGUUUUUUCUUUUCUGCCCUGUAUUCUUCAGGGCAUUGGAUAAGUGCACGUGUACAGGUACAUUUUUUUUAAGCUGUUAAAGGGGCUGUGUCACGGCAGUGCUGUUCAUUUUGUUUAAAUUUGCCAAUUACUCGCCCUUAAUCGCUAUGGAACUUUAAGUGAGCAAAAGAAAUUACAUGUAAAUGACAAAAUCAGGGACCCGAGACAAGCAAAUAUGUCUCCUAAGCAUUAUUUUUGAAGUUGCAAGCAGCAGGGAUCAACUUUGAAAAACUUUUAGGUUGAACAGUUUUCAAAAAUCCUAAUUUUAAUCCGUUUCAAUCUUCUUCAGUUUUGCCCAUCCGUGACAUCUGCUGUAUCUGUUAUGUUAUUUUAACCUUCCUUUAAAGUUUUAAGCGGUUAUUUUUAUGUUUCUCUUAAUUUAACGGGCAUGAUAAUUUCCUAAUUUGGCUGAAUUUCGUGACACAACUCUUUUAAACCUGUAGAAUAAAAGAGUUCAAGGUGGUGUGUAAAUCAAUGUGGGCUUGGCUUUAGCUUUCGUUAGAAUGAUUUCCUUGUACUCACAACUGACUCAACGUGUACAUCGACUAAGUUGCUUUUCUUUUACACUUCUCUUCUUUGUGCUACUUUUAUGUAAAGCGUCGUGCGAGGCCUCGUUGACCCCCAGUUAGGUGUGGUCUAUCUGUCUUGGGGAUAGGGCCCGCAGUCAUUGGCGUCAUGCUGUUGAGUUGUCCUUGCAAAAUAUAAUUGGCAAAUCUAAGUAUACAAAUAUGAAGCAAAUAAAUUCAAAUUAUCUUUCUUGUUUUAGGCGCGGAGUUGUUCAGGAGUCAGCCUUGGACAAGACCACCCGACUAUGACUCUGACUAAAGAUACAAGACUGACAUUUUCCACUUGGUUACAAAUUCAAUUCCGGAUAGCCAUUUCGUCCACUUCCUGGCCAAUAUAAGAGAAUAAUUUUAGUUUUAUGAAAAGUUGAAGAAUAAAAGCACAGUAAGAAACUCUGCCAACAGAUUUUAUAGACAAAAUUGACCAACUAAGGAAAAUGUUUUACAAGGAAUGUUUUAUAGUCAUACCUUAUACAAAUCUUUACCUAUACUUAGCCCGUAAAGCGUCAAAAUAUGUACGCAAGUAAAUCUUAGUAAAAAAAAAAGAACAGAAUACUUUGUAUAUAAAGCUAGUAAGACAACCAGAAUACUGUCGUGGAAUAUAUUGUUCAUCCUGUUAAUACUAUUUUAAUGAUAUUAUCAUGUUGAACUUUGUUUUCCGUUGUACUGCAGGGUUUUAUAACUGGAGUUUGUUAAAGAAAACGUAUUUAUUUAAUUUUUUUUAUUUAAUGUAAUAUAGCAGGCGCUCUUGAAUAUAGCAAUUGAAGUACGUAAGAGGGUGAAUUAAGAGGUCAAUAAAGGUUCAUAAGGUCAUUUAUGCAGUGCUAGAUCGUUCUUUGAAACUUUUGAAUCUGUGGAUGAAAUCCUAAAGUGU